CCGCUCUGUGGCUGGAAGGCGCCGUUUGGGAGUCGCGUGGGUGUGGGUGUGGCUAGUGACGUCACGAUGAAGACGUCACGGGCGACUUUGUGGUUCGAGACCGUCCAGCUGUCAGCGCCUCCUUCCUGCUGGCCUGCAUUCGCUUGUCUGGGGGGGGAGGGCGCAUCGCAUCGCGUCACCUGGACGUCGUUUGGCUCGCGUGCACCAUAAAGGCUCUCGAGCUCACUCACGAAGCUCUGAAAAGCAUCGCAAAUUCCCAUCACAAUCGCACCACGUCACUUCAACCAACUCCAGACCAUCAUCACCUGCACACUAUUACCACCUUUUCCCAUAUAAUCAACGCAAGAACACAACAACCGCAGCUAUGGCCGUCACCAACGCCGUCCAGGACCUCUUCAGCAGCAUCUACGAGCUCCUCUCGUCCAUCUUCAACGCCUUCUACCACGUCCUCCAGACCAUCUUCAACACCAUCAUCGGCUUCUUCACCGGCAUCGUCAACCUCAUCUCGGACGUCUUCUCGGGCGCCAUUGACGUCGUUGGCGGACUCGGCAAGUUCUUCUUGAGCAACUUUGUCAUCAUCGGCGUCAUUGCCGCUGGCGGCUACGCGUACGUCCACUACACGUCGCAGGGCAGACAGGUUGCCGCUGGCAAGAAGACGGCUUAAACAGACCGACACCGUAAUCGCAUAUGGCCAUUCAAGGAUAAGGGUAUAUUGUCAGGGGAGGCUGCCGCGUGAAUGGGCUGGCUGUAUAGCCUUCGGCAGCGCUGAGAGAUGCACACCGAGUGAAGGAGCUAGGAAUCGGUUGACAUCGCGACACUGGGUUUCACUAGGAUGAUACCACACUACUGCUAGUUUUCUUAAUUGUUUACGAGCGUCAAUGCCGCUUCGAGCUGCGCUCUACUCCCAUCGCAUUCCUGUGACGAGCGAUGCCUUGUCCCUUUGGUAAUCAGUUCACCUCUACCGUGUAAGCCACUUAGUGGAGCGCACCAAGGGCCAACCCGGCGUCGCCGCUCCACUUCCAACGCACAAUGCUUGAUAAUUGGCAACUUUUUGGCUCUAAGCAACCACAUCCGAUAUGGUGUAGUGGCCAACAUGAUGCCCUCUCAUCUCGAUGAGAGGUUAGGCAUAGCCCCGAGUUCGAUUCUCGGUUUCGGAA